CUAGGGGCUCUCGGAAAUUCUAACGAUGAAGUAAGGACAGGUCACUUCCCCUUCUUGUGCACUGCAGGGCUGGGGUGGUGCUGAGAAGCCUGUAUAGUCCUCUUUCUUGAGACUAACAGUGAACAUGGAUCAUGAAACACUGGGGAAUAUUGUCUUGCUGGCAAUUGUCACCCUCAUCAGUGCCGUCCAGAAUGGAUUCUUCGCACAUAAAGUAGAGCAUGAAAGCCGGAGCCAAAAUGUCAGGAGCUUCCAGCGAACUGGGACCUUUUCCUUUGAGCGUGUCUACACUGCCAACCAAAACUGCAUCGAUGCCUAUCCCACAUUUCUUGUCAUGCUUUGGAGUGCAGGGCUACUUUGCAGCCAAGUUCCUGCUGCCUUUGCUGGACUGAUGUACCUGUUUGUGAGGCAAAAAUAUUUUGUAGGUUAUUUAGGAGAAAGGACGCAGAGCACUCCUGGCUACAUCUUUGGGAAACGCAUCAUACUGUUCCUUUUCCUCAUGUCUGUUGCCGGCAUCUUCAACUAUUACCUCAUCCUCUUUUUUGGAAGUGACUUUGAAAACUACAUAAAGGCAAUAACUACAACCAUCUCCCCCCUGCUUCUCAUUCCCUAAUUCUACCCUGAGCACGGAGUUGGUAGUCUCAGCUAAUUGAUACAUAGAAACCAUGAUAAUUCAACCCAUUAUGGAUCUCUUCCCCUCUUUCUAUGGCUGUAAAUCAGAUCACUUCCUGGGCUUCACAGUUUGAGGUCCCCUCCUUUUUCAUGGAAGGAAAAGGAUUUAGAAUCAACUCCGCACCUUGAGAAUGGCUGUGGUACCAGUCUGAAUCUUCAGAUAUGUUCUGCACAGUCUUUGACUUAUCCUGCUCUCUGAUUUCUGCUCUAAGGAAUAUUGUCUGCCUUAUGGCAUCACCAGCACAUUUUCUUUAAUAAAAUGAGACACAUGCA